AUGAGCAAGGAACCCGCCCCCAUAUAUCCGGCAUAUGCGUUCAAGGAGUCACCCACGUGGUUCACGUGGGUGAAGCUCUUGGCCGUCGACGUUCAUGGCUUGAGGGAAGAGGCUGGCUUCCAGGGCCAGAAUGUCUACUUCUACCAGAACCACCCAAUCCGCUUUGUGUGCUUGACCGGCCUGGUCGUUUCGAUCGACGACAAGCUGAACAGGUACACGCUUCUCGAGCUGGACGACGGCAGCGGAUCCCUCAUCGUCGUCAAAAUCACGCGCCUGGAUUCUGCGUCGGCCGCCUCCCCUUCUUCUUCCUUUUCUUCAAACACCAAUGUUGCCAAUGUCGACGUCGUCGUCGCUCCCGGUCGCUACGACGUGCUCGUCAACAGAGUUCCGCUGUCCAUCGGCGCCGCGGUCAAGGUCAAAUGCACGAUCAGCGAGUUUAGAAACGUGCGCCAGCUGGAGCUGAAGAGAAUCUGGACCUUGCGCAGCACCGCGGAGGAGGCCGCGGAAUGGGAGGAGUGUGCCAGGUUCAAGAGAGAGGUGCUUUGCCGACCCUGGGUCGUUUCCAAAGAGAAACUGCGGGCUUUGCUGAGCGCCGAGACAGAGAAGCGCAUGAGGCUUGAAGAUCGGGAGAGAAGGGAGGACAGGCGGCAGAAGCGCGCAACUGCGAGAAAGAUGGAGAGUGCGGAGAAGAGGAGGGAACAUGAGCAGAGGAAGGAGGAAAGGCGCAAGAGAGAAGAAGAUAGAAUGAAUAAAGGUGCCAUCGUUUAG